CACAGCCAGAGUUUGCACUUUCCAGAACGACACUGAAACGGAUCAGAAUGACCGACUUUGGGGAUAUUUUAAAAAAUGUGGGGGAAUUUGGUCUGUUUCAAAAAUGUUUGGUCCUUAUGAUGAGUUUCAUUAGCCUUUCUAACCCCUUCCAUAUGUUUGGGCAAGUGUUCAUGAGUAUCUCGGUACCUCAUCACUGUAAUACCACCUGGAUUCUUGCAAUAAGUCCAAACUUGACAGAAGAGCAGCUGAUCAACCUUACGAUUCCAAAAAAUGCAGAGGGAGCCUAUGAAAAAUGCCUCAUGUACACCCCGGUUGAUUGGGAUAUCGAAUCCAUCGAAAAGUAUGGGCUGAACAACACAGAGAGAUGCCAGAAUGGAUGGGUGUAUGAUACGUCAACUCAAAAAUCAACUCUCGUUACUGAGGUUUGUAAACAUGACAUUUGCCUAUUAAAUCAAAGGCCUCCGCGCCUACUUUGGUAGACGUCCAGCUACAGGCUAUCAAAGACUGACAGCCAGCCUGCUCUCUGCAUUGUCCCAGUGAACGCAUCUAUUGAUGCCCUUACAUUGUGUUGCCCCUGGGCAUUUCCCUGGUGUCGGAAAGCAGGACUGUUGGGAGCUCUGGAAAAGCAACAAGUCAAUAAGUUACUGAAAGUAACUUUUCGUGCCUGUGGUUGGCAACUCAGUUUUGCAUGUGCUUACAUUUCAAUUAUUAGAACUGUGUGUUUGUCAGAAUUGUUUUAUACAUAAUUAUAUGUUCCUGUAAACUUGACACUAAACUGGUAGGUAGUUUAGUUUACGGCAUUUUAGAUCUGUAGCAGCUAAGAGCAGCUGCCAAUUCUACUUUAGAAGCCCUCAUAACAUGACUGUCAGGGCCAUUUAGUGUACAUUUAAUGAUAAUUUAAAAGGAGUUUUAUUGAAUGCUUGUUUGAUAUGUAGUUUAUAUAUCACAUCACUGGUUCAAAGUGAUUUGGAAUCUUUUAGGAAACUAAACAACGUGUCAGAAUUUCACUGAUGUUCCAAAGCAAUGGGCAGACAUUCAUUCUCUGCUUUAUGAGAAUCGAAUCCCAGUUUAUGUCAAAACGUGGCAAAUGUGAGAGCUAAAAUCAGCUCCUGAUUCCACAAAGUCUCAUUCCCCAUCCGCAAGGGGCAGCUGAUGGCAGCAAUGCUAUGCGCAGAUGUUGAUGGCAAAUCUUCCAUAGACCCCCAGUGAUGUCUCCAAUGGCUAAAGAUAACGUCUCUGGGAGCUGGACACUGGGCUGGUGAAGCAUUGUGAUUUAAAUUAAAUCAGAUCUAAAAUAAGAAAUCUCAAAAUUAGAAACUUUUCUCAAUACAAAAUUAUUUGAUUGCUUAAAUUGGUUGUUAUUAUUGUUAUCUGAUUUUUUUUUUUCAUAUUAUUUAUACCAAUUAAUUUCAGUGUUAUGAUCAUUGUAUUGUCCAGGUCACUAAUAGGCGAUGAUUUUUAAUCAAGUUCAGUUUUAGUCCUGAAUAGGGAGACAGUUGUGAUCUUGGAUUAAUGGAGACAUAGCAGCACUGUGAGUCCUGACACAUAGGGAGCUGGCUGGCGUGCCCUCUCCAAAUGAAAUUAACAUAGUAUACUUUCUGAAGUCUACAAAUAUAGCUUUCUUGCCAUUAUACCAGUUCAGUUGUGUAAUGUAAAUGUUAUUUCAUAAGUUAGAAAAAACAUACUUACAAAAUAUACAUGGCGCAGUGCAAAGAUGGGGAAAAAAACUGAAAAAAAAGGAACAAAAAGCUGGACUCAUUUCACAUCUAUAAAAUCAGCCACUUUUAACAUAAAGACUAAAAACUAUAAAGAUACAACAUCUUCCUUAAAGCAUUAAUGUAUUGUCAUUAAACGGUCAGAAUUUGUUGCCUUGUAGAAUACAAUCUCAUAGAGUCUCGUGUCUCUCCAAACCCCGGUCCCACCCUUGCAAUCCCAUCCAAAAAUCACUCCAAUCUCAUACCCUUCUCACGCUACUCUUCCUUUAAAUCCUCCUUCCACACUGCCCUCUGGAAUGCAGUAUUACUAAAUCCACAGCUGUGCAUGAUCUUUUCAUCUCUCGUUCCCUACAAUUACUAGUAUUAACUGAAACAUGGCUCUCUCCCUCUGACACUGCUACCCCUGCCUCUAUAUCCUUUGGUGGUAUUCAAUUUUCCCACAACCCAAACUCUGAAAAUAAAGGUGGUGGUGUAGGGUUUCUGCUCUCACCUCACUGCUCCUUCAAACCUAUACCUACACCCCCUUCCCUCUCUUUCUCAUCAUUUGAGAUUCAUUCAAUCUGCCUUUUCAAACCCAUCUCUGCUAACAUUGCUGUUAUCUAUCGUCCCCCUGGGUCCCCACUUCUCUUCCUUGACCACUUUGCUGCCUGGCUUCCUUACUUCCUCUCCUCCAGCAUUCCAUCUGUAAUUUUCGGGGACUUCAACAUUCCCAUUAACCCACCCUUGACCCCAGCAGCCUCAAAACUACUUUCUAUUACCUCCUCCCUUGGGCUCUCACAGUGGGCUAAUUCCCCCAACCAUGAAACAGGCAAUACUCUAGACCUAAUUUUCACUCAUGAAUGUACAGUCUCUAACAUCUGCAACACUCCAUUUCCUCUCUCAGAUCAUCAUCUCCCAUCAUUUGCUCUCAAUAGCCCCCUUCCCCAACAACCUCAGCCAAACCCCCCUCAACUCAGAAGGAAUCUGAGUUCUAAAAAACCUCAAGCAGCUGUCAGCUGACAUUGAUUCCCAACUAUUAUCCACUCCUGCUUACUCAUGUCCCUCACUGGCAUAUAACUCUACCCUCACCUCACCCUGGAUGCUGCAGCCCCUCUCCAAAUACGCACCUUGAGGAAGAUACACCCCAACCGUGGCACACUAAAUCAACACGCUACCUGGAGAGAUGUACCCGUUCUGCUGAACGCUGCUGGAGGACGUCUCACAACGAGUCAGACUUUCUACAUUACAAAUUCAUCUUGCGUUCAUACAGCGCAGCCCUUGCCCUUGCCAAACAGUCAUACUUUUCGUCUCUUAUUAGCUCAUGCUCUCGCAAUCCCAAGCGUCUCUUUGAUACCUUUGUCCUGCUGCGGCCACCCCCCAAACUAACGUAACAGCUGAUAGUUUUGCAUGCUUCUUCACUAACAAGAUUGCACAGCUAAUGAAAGAAUUCUCACCACCAUGCCCCUCACUUUCUCAACCACACCUGGAUCAUGCCUCUCCAACCCUUCCAACCUUCUCCCAGGCGACUGAACAAGAGGUGGCUGCGUUUAUCCUUUCUUCUUGCCCCACCACUUGCCCGCUUAAUCCUGUCCCAUCUCACCUUAUCAGAUCUCUCUCCUCUUGUCUUGUGCCUACCUUAACACAUAUCUUCAAUUGCUCUCUUUAUUCUGGCACUGUCCCUGCUGCCCUUAAACAUGCUACUGUAGUACCCUUCUUAAAAAAAAAAAAAGGUCUUGAUCCAUCCUCCCCUUCUAACUAUCGUCCCAUAUCCCUGCUCCCUUUUUCCUCAAAGCUUCUUGAAAGACUAGUCUUUACCCGUCUGGCCUGCUUCCUCAACUCCAACUCUCUCCUUGACCCUCUUCAGUCCGGCUUCUGCCCCCUCCACUCUACUGAGACUGCUCUUAUUAAAGUCACUAACAACCUAUUCACAGCUAAAUCCAAAGGCCACCACUCCAUACUAAUUCUUCUUGACCUCUCUGCUGCCUUUGACACCAUUGAUCAUGUUUUCCUUCUCCAAACUCCUCAAUCACUCGGUCUCUGUGACUCCCUCCUCUCGUGGUUUCCCUCAUAUCUCACCCAACACUCAUUCAGUGUCUCCUUUUCUAAUGAUACCUACUCCUGUCUCAGUUGGAGUCCUCCAAGGCUCUGCCCUUGGUCCCAUUCUAUUUUCUCUUUACACUGCCUCUCUUGGCAAACAUAUUACCUCAUUUGGAUUCCAAUACGACCUGUACGCUGAUGACAUUCAGAUAUAUCUCUCCUCCCCGGACAUCUCCCCUGAUAUCCUGCAACUUGUCACCUCUUGCCUUUCUUCUAUCUCUGAUUGGAUGUCCUCAUGCUUUCUGAAACUCAAUCUUUUCAAAACAGAACUUCUUGUCUUUCCUCCUCCUAAUAUUAAUCCUCCUCUCUUGCUCUCCCUUCAGAUUGGUGGUACGCAAAUCGGUCCAUCCUUACAAGCACAUUGUCUUGGUCUUACUUUUGAUUCUGGCCUCACCUUUGAGCCUCACAUCCAGUCUGUUGUCAAAUCAUGCCAAUUCCACCUUAAAAACAUCGCCCGCAUCCGGCCCUUUCUUACACAAGAUGCUACUAAAGAGCUUGUCCAUGCUCUAGUAAUCUCUCACAAGAGUUUCACUUCUAUCUUGUGAGUGAAUUACAAAUAAAAGGUGUUACUUCUAAUAUACUUGUGCACUAUGUGUUUGUCUCUCUGUUUAUCUCCUUUUAAGGGGUAAAAGUGAAGAAACAGAGGUUGGCCUUCAUCUUAAAGAUACCUUUUUAUGCCUACAAUCAAUUGCUUUCUUGUGAGUGCACUAUUAUAAUCAGCGCUACCACUGUUUUUAAUAUAGAUUUUGUAUUAAAAAAGCAGCAGUCCUUAGAAAAUUGUGCUACAACUGCCAGAAUGCUCUCCCGGUGUGGCAGUAUCGUGACAUCUUCCAUCUUGUUUGUUUGAUUGGUAUGACUUUGAUAAGGGAUAAGUCAGAACACUGAAUGCGCGCACAUUGUUUACAUGACACUGUUUGUAAUUGAUAUUUCUUUUCCUAAUUAAUAUACAGGUCUUUCAUUUCCUUUAGUUUGAUCUGGUUUGCCAAAGGAAGGAGGAACUCGACAUUUCUCAAUCUAUAUACAUGGUUGGCCUCUUGCUGGGAGCAAUCAUAUUUGGUCCUCUAGGAGACAGGUAAGGAAAAUAGAGUGUCUGUAUUGGUAUCGUUAGUAAAUAUGUACAGCCCUAUGUUUCAGCUAAGAACAUUUUAAACUAGAACUAUUGUUAUAUGUUAAGACCAGAGGUUACGUUUUAAAUAGUGAAUUAAUUUCCGGAGAUAUUCUGUUUUUUAUUUCUCUAUAUCUGGUGACAAUCCUGUAAACCUGCCUGAUUCCGCCCAGGGCUGAGGCACAAUGAUCAGCACCUGGAAAGUUAACAUAUAUGCCAAGUGUCCCAUUUUCAAUAGUACAGUCCUGAUAUGGGACCAUGUCCCUCUGUGAAUUGUAUGUCAAUGUAAGUACUGCACAAUAUGCAGUUUAAUACAAACAGCUCGAAAAAAUGAUAAAUUCAGCUGGCGUGUGAAAAUAGCGACGUUUUUCUAGCUCCGAUGUGUUGGUGUUAAUAUUGCCACAGUUUUACCACAAUGCACCGUUUGGUAUAUGCUACCAAAUAAGUUUUGUAACGGAUCGUUUUGCUCACCAGAGGUUAAAACCGUUUAGGCGAUAUUCCCCUUUCUCAGCUACACCGACAGCUACUGUAAGCACCGGUCUCCUGAACUGGAAACACAUGAACACUGGAAAUAUCCGAACAGGAAAACCAUACAAAAGGGUUACACUCCUGGCAGUCAGUAUACAAUCAAAUUCCCCCAAUAACGAGACGACACUUUGUUUUGAGGGUUAAGCAGAAUCUGAAGAUUUAUUCACACAACCUCCUUUUAAGACAUUCUCCCAUGCAAGGGAGGGAUCCACAACAAUUAGUACCCCAGCCAAUAAUGUACCAGUUACCUCCCACACAUCUCCUCCACUUAGUGUGACACAUAAUCCCAUUAGUCCAGACACAAAUCCCCUGGGAUACUGGAUGUACCCCUAAACAUAGGGAUACCCCUUUAAAUAUUACACCCCCUGGUAGCCCUGAUCUGGGUAAGACACAUAUCCAAAAAUCACUCAGAUCGGACCAGGGGUUCGGGAAUUAUGGAGGGUUAAAGUUUUGACCGACUGCAUGGCAAAACUAUCCGAAAAUAGUUCCAUGUAUUUUGGCCCUGCAGUCGGUCACAGAAAAGGGAAUGAAACACACGAAUUGCCUGGGUUAUAGAGCCUUGGGAGGGUUUAAACGAAUUCCCUUGUUCAUGGGGUUCUUUCUACCGAACGGCGGGUCAUUCGGUCGUUUCCACACGAAUUCAUGGAAGUCUGGAGGUCUCAGCGGUGUUUGCCUAGUCGAGUGUCCGAUUUUAGUUCCAGACACUCGACGGCAAAACACCACUGUUCGGGAGUUUAAGAUGGCCGCCGCCACGUGUUCGUUUCCCGAAUGGCGGCCACCCAGAGGACAAAGAACACAUUACAUAGAUUGCCAAUUACCGGUUUGCAACAUUGUUGCAAAUGGUAAUUGGAGGCACACUUACUCCAGGGUGGUCUGGUUGUUCGGUAGUUUCACUCAAUAUAAUGAAUGGAGUGAUUCUACCGAACAAUCAGGGGAAUGCUGCAUACACAUAACACCGCUUACCGAACGCAUAAUAUUAAAUACAGCCUGAAUGCAAUCUGCUACACAGUCUUAAAGGGCAUUGUUCCUAACAGUCAUAAUAUGUCCACGGAUGGCCCUUAAAGGGCCAGUAGCAGCAAUAUAAAAUACCAUAUGCCCAAAUAUUGCAUUCAAAAGUACAAAUUCACAAGGGACCAUAGUCAGCAGGUAGGAGGCGGGCAGCCAGGCCUCUCCAAUGUCCAGUGGCGAGGCAGCUUUCGCCACAAGUUUAUUGAAGUCAUAUGAGGCAAUGCAAAAAGUAUGAUUAUGAACUGAAUGAAUACGUUGCCUAGACCUUUGAAUGUGGCAACUAGAGCUAUGCAGAUGGUGGCCAUCAUCAGUCCUUGUCAGUAUUUCUAUACCUGACAUGUAUAUUUAUUAUUGGUAUUUAUAAAGCGUCAACAUAUUCCACAGCGCUGUACAGUUGGGAAAAAAACAAUACAAUAUAAACAAACCAAUACAAGAGGUAGAGGGCCAUGCUCAUGAGCUUACAAUCUAAAGGUUAAAAUGGGGACAUGAGACAAGAGGUAGCAGAGGAAUUUGGAAGUGAUGGCAGAGAGAAUUAAUAUAAUUCCAGUAAUUGAUAACAUGUGAAGGGAACGAGGAGGUGAUUGACUGUGAUUCCAAAAUGAUGUAUAUGGCUUGGAUCUAUGUAUACGUAGCAUGAUUUAAAAUGAAAGAGUUUAUAUUUUAAAGGAUUGGGCGACGUCCUGUAAUCUUAAUCUCAUUGCUGAUGCAGUUGUCCGUCGGCCUUGGGACCGCAUUUGUCCCACAUUUUUAUGUGUACACGGCUCUUCGAUGUGUGGUGGGAAUCGCCAUGUCUGGACUUCUGAUAAAUAACCUUGUUUUAGGUAAGAAAUGUUCCAAAUGUACAUUAGUCAGACCCAAUUACCAUUACAUUACUGUUUAAAGUUCAUCAAAAUCAGAUAUCGUAAAAUGGCAGACUACAUUUGCCAACUGGUUCUUAUCCAAGUAUAUUUUAGUAUCAAUAGAACAUAGAAACACGUUAUAUUGUGCAUGUCUCUUUCAGCUGGACGUUUACAUAUACUAACUAUUCUACCAGAAAGGGAAGCCCAUUGUGUCAAACAGUAUUUCCUAUAUUUGCACAACUAUAACUUUGUAAUGGCACUCAUUUUAAAAUGAAAUAAUAAAUUAGCACAAAUAAAAUAGCUACAUUUAAAACAAAUAAAAUGUAAUAAUUUUCUAAUGCUAAAGCUGUAAUACAAUGUUAACUGUAAAAACAUAUUUACUAUAAACCGAGAAUAAUAUUAUUAUUAACAGCAGAAACAGGGAUGUGUGAAAGCUUGAACUUGAUAGACUGGCUUCUUUUUCUCAAAAUAUUCCUAUUGGUUUUAUACCUGUCCCAUACUUCCAGGUGUGUUUUAUCCAAUAUUUUUAAUGAACGGUCCCGCCCCCAUAUCUGCUUCAUUUCACCUUCCACCUUGCUAGGUUCCAUGACGAUGAUGACUCCCGAUGCUAACAGAGAGGUGGGGAUGUGUCAAAAUGUAUCUCUGCUUUUCUAUGUUAUGUCCCUCCUCGCUAACCAUGAACUGCUGCUUCUGGGAUAUUUUUGGGAUAUCAAUGGAAUCAUGAACGAGCACAUUCUGCACAGCUAGGCGUGAGGCCCUACCAGACUACAUAACUAAAUGAUGUGCAGCAAAGUUUUGUUGCCCACCACUCCUUCCAGAGAGUCAUCUCCGGGGCACCAAACCCUUUCUCUAAGUAGCCUGAUGGAGCACUAUACUAAUGAUUUUUCUUUGAGAAGCAGCUGUUUGAUGUAAGAAACAAAAAAAAUCAAAACAAAAAAAGCACUUAUAUCCACCAACUCGAAAGAGCCCCAGCCUCAAAGGCCACCCCCCAGGCAACGCCUAUGUAAGAAAUAGUACGUUCUCAGCCUAUCACCAGAUGCCAAAGCAAAUCUUCCUGCAUGUGUAAGCAGCACAGAUAACAGUUUAACUCUUGAAGAUAAGAUGGCUCCCAGGCAUUUAUGACCCCACAACAAAUGUAUUCAGAUGAAGUUGUUUUGAGGGUGGGAGAGUUCCUUUAAUUGUUGUUACAUGCACUCAUAUUAUAUUAUAUACCAUUAAUAUGUCUAUGUAAACAACAUCUCCAGGGAAAUUACCUCUACCAAAUGUCACUGGUACAUAGCAAUAUUACCUCUACUGAACACCACUGGUACAUAGCAAUAUUACCUCUACCAAAUGUCACUAGUACAUAGCAAUAUUACCUCUACCGAAUGCCACUGGUACAUAGCAAUAUUACCUCUACUGAACACCACUGGUACAUAGCAAUAUUACCUCUACCGAAUGCCACUGGUACAUAGCAAUAUUACCUCUACCGAAUGCCACUGGUAUAUAGCAAUAUUACCUCUACUGAACACCACUGGUACAUAGCAAUAUUACCUCUACCGAAUGCCACUGGUACAUAGCAAUAUUACCUCUACCGAAUGCCACUGGUACAUAGCAAUAUUACCUCUACCGAAUGCCACUGGUAUGUAGCAAUAUUACCUCUACUGAACACCACUGGUACAUAGCAAUAUUACCUCUACCGAAUGCCACUGGUACAUAGCAAUAUUACCUCUACCGAAUGCCACUGGUAUGUAGCAAUAUUACCUCUACUGAACACCACUGGUACAUAGCAAUAUUACCUCUACCGAAUGCCACUGGUACAUAGCAAUAUUACCUCUACUGAAUGCCAUUGGUACAUAGCAAUAUUACCUCUACCGAAUGCCACUGGUACAUAGCAAUAUUACCUCUGCUGAAUGCCACUGGUACAUAGAAUAUUACCUCUACCGAAUGCCACUGGUACAUAGCAAUAUUACCUCUGCCGAAUGCCACUGGCACAUAGCAAUAUUACCUCUACUGAACGCCACUGGUACAUAGCAAUAUUACCUCUACCGAAUGCCACUGGUACAUAGCAAUAUUACCUCUGCCGAAUGCCACUGGUACAUAGCAAUAUUACCUCUACUAAACACCACUGGUACAUAGCAAUAUUACCUCUGCCGAAUGCCACUGGUACAUAGCAAUAUUACCUCUACUGAAUGCCACUGGUACAUAGCAAUAUUACCUCUGCAGAAUGCCAUUGGUACAUAGCAAUAUUACCUCUACCGAAUGCCACUGGUACAUAGCAAUAGUACCUCUACUGAAUGCCACUGGUACAUAGCAAUAUUACCUCUACCGAAUGCUACUGGUACAUAGCAAUAUUACCUCUACCGAAUGCCACUGGUACAUAGCAAUAUUACCUCUACCGAAUGCCACUGGUAUGUAGCAAUAUUACCUCUACUGAACACCACUGGUACAUAGCAAUAUUACCUCUACCGAAUGCCACUGGUACAUAGCAAUAUUACCUCUACCGAAUGCCACUGGUAUGUAGCAAUAUUACCUCUACUGAACACCACUGGUACAUAGCAAUAUUACCUCUACCGAAUGCCACUGGUACAUAGCAAUAUUACCUCUACUGAAUGCCAUUGGUACAUAGCAAUAUUACCUCUACCGAAUGCCACUGGUACAUAGCAAUAUUACCUCUGCUGAAUGCCACUGGUACAUAGAAUAUUACCUCUACCGAAUGCCACUGGUACAUAGCAAUAUUACCUCUGCCGAAUGCCACUGGCACAUAGCAAUAUUACCUCUACUGAACGCCACUGGUACAUAGCAAUAUUACCUCUACCGAAUGCCACUGGUACAUAGCAAUAUUACCUCUGCCGAAUGCCACUGGUACAUAGCAAUAUUACCUCUACUAAACGCCACUGGUACAUAGCAAUAUUACCUCUGCCGAAUGCCACUGGUACAUAGAAUAUUACCUCUACUGAAUGCCACUGGUACAUAGCAAUAUUACCUCUGCAGAAUGCCAUUGGUACAUAGCAAUAUUACCUCUGCCGAAUGCCACUGGUACAUAGCAAUAGGACCUCUACUGAAUGCCACUGGUACAUAGCAAUAUUACCUCUACCGAAUGCCACUGGUACAUAGCAAUAUUACCUCUACCGAAUGCCAUUGGUACUUUGGCACUAAAGUGAGAACCGGUGAGAAUAGGAGAAUGAACUGGGGGGAUAUCAGAUCUGUACAAGGUUUGUGUUUCAAAUUGCAAAUUGUGAAGUCAUUUGUCUGUGUAAUAAUUCUUUGUAAUGAAUUUGUUUUGAUUUUAGUUGCUGAAUGGGUGGGGUCGUCAAGACGAGCGGGUGCCACAAUCAUUACCCAUGUCUGCUUUGCAGCGGGGCAAAUGGUCUUGGCAGGGGUGGCUUACGGCAUUCGCAACUGGCGAUUGUUGCAGAUAGUUGGGUCUGUUCCUGUCGCCCUGUUAUUUUUCUACAUUUGGUAAGUAAAACACGCAACAAUUUUAAGUCUCCAACUGACAUUUUCCAAAGAGUGACCAAGGUUUUCAAUAUUAAACCAUUACGUGUCCUAAUGUGAAUACAUUGUUGCAUUCCAGGUUGGAGAGCAAUGCAUUAAUGUAUGCCAGGUAGAUGGACUAUUUACUGACUUGUACCAAGGAUGUUUGGAAUGCACUGCUAUGUGCUAUAUGCUCAGCCAAUCAGAACACAGCUAGAACUAGACUAAUGGUCAUUGACCUUAAAUCCCACACAUGAGAAUAACUUAAAGGAACACUAUAGUCCCCUAAAUUACUUUAGCUAAAUAAAGCAGUUUUAGUGUAUAGAUCAUUCCCCUGCAAUUUCACUGCUCAAUUCACUGUCAUUUAGGAGUUAAAUCACUUUGUUUCUGUUUAUGCAGCCCUAGCCACACCUCCCUGGCUAUGAUUGACAGAGCCUGCAUGAAAAAAAAACUGGUUUCACUUUCAAACAGAUGUAAUUUACCUUAAAUAAUUGUAUCUCAAUCUCUAAAUUGAACUUUAAUCACAUACAGGAGGCUCUUGCAGGGUCUAGCAAGCUAUUAACAUAGCAGGGGAUAAGAAAAUCUCAAUUAAACAGAACUUGCAAUAAAGAAAGCCUAAAUAGGGCUCUCUUUACAGGAAGUGUUUAUGGAAGGCUGUGCAAGUCACAUGCAGGGAGGUGUGACUAGGGUUCAUAAACAAAGGGAUUUAACUCCUAAAUGGCAGAGGAUUGAGCAGUGAGGCUGCAGGGGCAUGUUCUAUACACCAAAACUGCUUCAUUAAGCUAAAGUUGUUCAGGUGACUAUAGUGUCCCUUUAAUAGCGGCGUACCUGAUAUACAUUUUGCCACCAUAUUUGUUUUACUAAAUGUAUGGGUUUUUUUUUUACAUAUUUGUUUAAUCUUGAGCAUUACUGUACAUUUAAAAAAUGACACUGCUGUUCAUGCAGUAAAUAUGUUUUUUUUUUUUGUUUUUUAAUGGCAGGGUCCUCCCAGAAUCCCCAAGGUGGCUUUUAACUAAAGGGAAGUAUGGAAAAGCCAAAAAACUUCUUCAGAAAGCAGCGUCUUUGAAUAAACAAACUUUCUCUGAAGAGCUGUUUGAACAGGUAGUUGAUGAAUACACUUUUAUGGAUUGCAAAGUGCAGAGUACACAACAUCCCACAUGUUGUUUACCAGUACAUAGAAGAGAUAAGCAGUUACAGAUUGUUGGGUAUUAUGUUUUCAUUUUUUCUGUGCAUGAAAUUAAUACAGACAGACCAGUGGUACCCCAACGGCAUUCCACAGGUUUAAGGUUUUCCAGUAUAGUUGGAGUAAUAGAUUAUAUAUGCACAAUUUUAUGGUAUUAUGAAGUUAGCAUUUAUUAUAGUUCUCGUCUGGUCUAACUAGCAGGUGUACAGGCUAGGCGAAUCGUGCGUGUUAUGGCUAGAAGACAAGCUAGGGGAGAUGCUAAGAGUUAAACAAUCUGAUCUAAACAAUCUGAUCUACAGCCAAGCUAUGCUACCACUUGGAUUUAAACAUGAGGGUUAGCUUAGGUGCUUCGUCCGACAGGGUUGUGAAAGUUCUAUAACGAGGAACUUGUUCCGCUGAAAUCAAUGUAGCUCACAAUGCCCAGUUUGAUACAUCACAGUGGUCUGGAGCUGUGUAUGAAUGGUGUUCUACUCCCUAGAUUAGAUUAAACAGUCCCGGUCUCGCUGGGUAUCAGGUAUAAAACUAUUGCUCAUAGACCUGGUGCUGGGAGUUUGGGAGAUCCGAUAAGCAUUGUCACUGUCAGCCAAAGCCCUUCUUCGGGAAGUAGCAGGAGUCAUCUGAGGAUUUGUAGGUUGCCGCAGCCACAGAGACGGCAGUGAGGGUGUCCCCCCAGCCCCCGGCUUGUGCGUAGGCCUGCAUCUAGCUGCCAAAAACUCUGUGGCUUCUGGUGCCCGAGUUUUCUCCCUGUGUGGGAGUGACGGAGGGCCUGGUGAUUUUCGGCCGCUUGCGACGUCUGAGCCUCCGUGGGUGUGGGUGAUGCCAGAGUGGGCUCUGGAGUUUAGAGAUAGGUGGGUGGUCUAGAGUUGUGCCCAAGGGUGUAUUCCUCGACCUCCACCGCCCCUAGCCCCACUCACCCAUUGUCUGUGGAUUUCUCUGUGCGGUCUGUGCUGCCUGCUGCCACUCCCAUAUCGUGUUCCAGAAACCUUAAAAGAUUUAGUCCAGGCGUUGCAUGGUGUCGUUGAUGGGCUUGUGCCGUUGGAUUGGGGUCUGUAGGAGUGGUGCGCUGUCGGCCGCCAUCUUAGGUGUGCCGCAUGGAGGACCCCACCUUCUUGACGCUGCUGCAUGAUUUAGGGCGGGCUGACUGCUCCAGGUGCACUGUGAGGAUCGGGAUAACCCCUGCUGGUCCAGAGGGGAGGGGUUAGGAGGUAAAUUAGCUGGGGAAUCCAUGCGCUGGGUCACCAAUGAGGAGAGCGGCCGCCUCUCCACUGCAGGAUCGCAAGUAGGCCUCCCAAUAUAUUUUGGGGUUCCCGUUCGGUUGCACGUUGGAGUUUGGUAUCAUUCGAUUCUCCCGGGUGUCCCCGAUUUGUCUGUCACCCUCCAGGUGUAGUGCGUGCCGGUUUUCUGGGGUUUUUGCCCCAGUUUGUGCAGGAUUUGCCAGGAGCUUAUUGUCAGCACGUCUAUUUAGCCUGGGUGUUAGGCUCCACUCCCUAUUGGGUAUUAUUUAUGGGAGAAUGGUUUCAAUAUUUAGGGGUUUACAUUCAAUGAACAGUGAAUUGUGCUGAAUUUAAAACCAAAUUGCAUCAAAUAAGCCAAACUAGAUGGAAAAAUUCUAUGAGCCAUUCAUUUUAAUUUUAGAAAACCUUUUCCAUUUUAUAUUUUAAAGGAAUACUAUAGUGUCAGGAAUACAUUUAAUAAUGGUAGAACGCUGGUCAAGCAUUUGCUUGGAUCCCCUGGACCCUUCCUCCCCACUCCCUGGCAUGCAAUCUGUGUGUUACUAACAGACAUACUGACACACAGACACAUAUACUGACACACACAAACACUGACAGACAUACACACACACACACACAGACUGACCGACAUACUGAUACUCACUCGGACACACUGACACACAUACUGACAGACCUACUAAAAAUCACAGACAUAUACACUGACAUGUUGCUGAGGGUCUGCAGAGGCAAGCAGUUUUUUUUGGACCGCCUUCAAGGUUGGCCAAAAUGUAGAUCCCUAUCUGUCGUACAGGUUCACAAUGCUUUACUAGCUAGGGAUCUACAGUUUGCCCAUCCUUGCAGGGUUGUAUUUAGCACUCAGCAAUGUGUGUGUGUGUGUUUGAAUGUAAGCAUGUUUUUGUAAGGUGUAUGUGUGUGUGAAUGUUAGCUUUUGAGUGCAGGCGUGCAUUUGUGUGUAGUGUUUACACUGCCACUCAUAGAUACACAUACAGAUACACAGACACACACAGCAACAGACAUGCAAAUACAAAGACACAACUCUGACACAUACACAGAGAUACACCCACUGGUACUUACACACAUUGACACACAGAUACUUACACAGACAUCCGUUAGGUAAGUGUGAUAGUGUUUGGGAAGUAGGUGUGAGGGUAGGUGAGCAUUCCACAGUCAGGGAGUGAGAGUGUCAGGGUUGGGGGUUUGAAUGUGAGUGUUGGGGGUUUCUAAGUGAUUGUGAGAAGGUGGCGAGUGUAACAGGGUUAGGGCCGGGGUGGUUAGUGUGAUGGAGUUAGGGGGGCUAGUGAGACAGGGCUGGGGGGGCUAGUGAGACAGGGCUGGGGGCUAGUGAGACAGGGCUGGGGCGGUGAGACAGGGCUGGGGUGCUAGUGAGACAGGGCUGGGGUGCUAGUGAGACAGGGCUGGGGUGCUAGUGAGACAGGGCUGGGGGGAGUUAGUGAGACAGGGCUGGGGGCUAGUGAUAAAGGCCUGGGGAGCUAGUGAGAUAGGGCUGGAGGGGGCUAGAGAGACAGGGCUGGGGGAGCUAGUAAGACUGGGUUGGAGGGGCUAGUGAGACAGGGCUGGGGGCUAGUGAUAAAGGCCUGGGGGGCUAGUGAGACAGGGCUGGAGGGGGCUAGAGAAAUGGGGCUGGGGGAGCUAGUAAGACAGGGUUGGAGGGGCUAGUAAGACAGGGCUGGAGAGGCUAGUGAGACAGGGCUGGGGGGGGCUAGAGAGACAGGGUUGGAGGGCUAGUGAAACAGGGCUAGUGAGACAGGGCUGGGUGGGGCUAGUGAGACAGGGUUAGGGGGUUGGAGACAGGGCCGGUGCUUGGAUUUUUAGGUACAUAGGCGAAGAUGCAUUUUUCCGCCCCCCCCUCAAAAAAAAAACAUCUUCACCUAUGUGCCUCUUAACCAGCCCCUCUCCCCUCCCUGACCAUUAGUAGUCCCUUCCCUUCCCUGUCCCUUAGUGUUCUUCUCCCCUCCCCCUUUUCCCUGUCUCUUGGUGUUUCUCUCCCAUUCCCUCCCUGUCCCUUGGUGCACCCCACACCCCUUUAGUGGUCACACUCCCCUUCCUGGUGUGCCUCCUACCUCUAUUGUUGCAUUGCCGAGUGGAGCAGAUCCCCUAAAGGAGCUUCAGUUUUCUGUACCCGGCCAGACUGACAGGGAGUGCUCUCACUCAUCAUACACUGACAGACACACUCAUACACUCACAUGCACACACACUCAUACAAUCACUCACAGACACACACACUGUCACUCACACACACACACUGUCACUCACACACACUGUCUCACUCACAGACACACACACACUGUCACUCACAGACACACACACUCUGUCACUCACAGACACACACACACUGUCACUCACAGACACACACACUGUCACUCACAGACACACACACACUCACUCACAGACACACACACUCUGUCACUCACAGACACACACACACUCUGUCACUCACAGACACACACACUCUGUCACUCACAGACACACACUGUCACUCACAGACACACACACACUGUCACUCACAGACACAGUCACUCACAGACACACAUCACAUACAUUCACUAAUUAUUUUUAUAACUACAUAUUUUCCACCCAGCCUCCCUACCUGGAGAGCUGGUGUGGAUGAUGGAUCGGUCCCUGAGGGCUGGGGGGGCUGGUGCUGCUGGGCGGCGUGCGGCAGUGCUGUGAUCAGGCGCGCGAGGGAGCUCUAAUCUCCACCCUCUGCUCCCUCGCGGGCUGCCUACUGAUGCUGCGGGAUGACGUCAUAUUCCGGCUCCCGCGGCAUCAGCAGACAGCGCGCGAGGGAGCAGAGGGUGGAGAUUAGAGCUCCCUCGCGCGCCUGAUCACAGCACUGCCGCGCCGGGGGUCGAGAUGGUGGCCGGGCAGGAGGGAGAGCUUCUUAAAUCAUGUUUGACCUGGAGACUCCGUGACUGACAGGUGAUUGACAGGUCUCCUUUUUUUUGUACUCAUUUAUAAAUGUUAAUUUUCUGUUCUUUACUUUCUCCUUUUUUUUUUUUUUAGAUACACGAAGAGAAACCAACCACAUCAGGAAACAUGCUGGACCUUUUCAGAAAUCAAAAGCUCAGGAAAAUCAGCCUCAUUAUGAGUUUUGUAUGGUAAGAUGGGUAACAAUUAAUUUAAUUAUAAAAAAAAAAAAAAUGCCUUGUCUGACCCUUCACUUCCCUGCUGUGAUCUCUAAAGAGGUGAUAGUGUUCCACUUCUAUAACACUGGUCCACCCGCGUUUUUCCUCUGUACUGAUUUGCCCUGCUCGGGGACAACCUCAAACCUCUUCCAUAACAUUGACCUACUGGCUUUGGUGCCAGUGUGCUACCGUCUGAACAGAGUGAUGUCACGUGACCCUAGCACCGGCUAGGGAGUUACCAUAGCAAUGCAAUAUUAUAAAAGGGUAAAUUUAGCAAGAAAUUAAAAAAUUACAGGAAAAUGUUACAGGAACAACAGGUUGAUGAGGAACACUGCUUACAGUUUAGAAGUGGUGGGGAAUAAAAAAAAUAAACACAACAACAAGGGCAUCAAGAGGCAUAACAAGUGACAAGAUGGGGAAGUAGCAGAAAUGGAAGGUGAGAGUGGAGUGUGACCCUUUAAAAGAGAGCAAUAGUCAGGUUUUUGAAGCAGAAGUUACUUUAGGAGGCCACACGCUUUUCUGAAGGUGUUUUGAGGGACUAAUUGGUUCCUCUUAAUAAUAGUAGUGUUGACAGAUGUGUUGACAUUUUCUGGGUAGCUAUAGUAUGCUGCAACUUUGACCGGAGUCAAAGCUUUUUACAUAUUUUUUUCUAUAAAGGUAGAUUUCCCAAAAGACAGACUUUGUAUUUCCCAGACAGCUGGUAAUAAGGCAAUGGGCCAUAAACAACAAUGACCCCUUUUUCCCAGAUCCUUGACCAUUGUAUUAAUACAAUUUGUAUUUUGUGAAAACACUCCUUGGUUUCCAGAUGACCCCUCCCCACCAUGACAUUUCUGUUUGGUCUUGUUUGGUUGUGGGAACACCUCUAUAUUGGGGUACUGGGAAUUCCUUGUUUAUUUACUGCAACAUUCAAGGCCUAAUCUGUCAUCUACUGACUCCCACAAAAGUCAAUGCCUUCAUUCGAGGAUUUGUGUUUCCCAUUUCAUUUUUUUUUUAAUUGACAUUUCUUUUGUAUGUAAAGAGUACGUUAUUUCCCAUUUCAUCUUUCUGAGAAAAUAUCAGCAUUUUAUAACUUCUCUUUGUAACUUUGGUCAUAGGUUUGUGAACAGCCUGGUCUACUAUGGUUUGAGUCUGAACGUUGGGAGCUUCGGUUUGGACAUAUACCUCACUCAGCUUAUUUUUGGAGCUGUGGAAAUUCCGGCUCGUCUUGGGUCCAUAUUUUUGGUUCAGAUAUUCGGAAGAAAGUUCAGCCAGGCUGGGUGUUUACUACUGGGUGGAGUAGUUUGUCUCAUUGUUACUGUAAUAUCAAAAGGUAAGUCAUGAAUUCUGAAAAUAAUUUGUAACAAAAUGUUAAAAACAACCGGCUAGUUGUUAAAUAGAUAGUUUCUUCAGAUUUGUAGGUUAUUGUCCAUUUUAGUUGUCACUGAUGGAGAUGCAUUAAUUUUAAUAGAUCCAUCUUUUCUACGGUACAAAGUAUGUAGCUGGUCAACACCCAAAUGGCCCCUGGCUACCACAGACAGUUAUUAUAUAAAUAUAAUAACAUUAUAUUGCAUAGUUACAUUGCUGAAAAGAGACAUGUGUCCAUCAAGUUAAGCCUUCUUCACAUCUGUUUUUGCUGUUCAUACAAAAGGCAAACAACUCAGUUUGCAACAAACUGGCAAAAAGAUCCCCUUUGACCCCAGAAUGGCAGUGAGAUAUCUCCUUGGAUCAAAAAUCAUUUACCCCACAUUUUAAAAAUGACAUCCCUGUAUAUUAUGUUUUUGAAAGUAUUCAUCCAAUUGCUGUUUUAACAACUAUACAGAUUUUGAUAAAACCACCUCUUCAGGCAGAGAAUUUGAUAUCCUUAUUGUUUUAUUGCAAAAAUUUGUCUUAGACUAAAUCUCUUUUCUUCCAGUCUAAAUGCAUGACCUUGUGUCCUAUGCAUGGUACUGUUUAUGAAUAGAUUUCAAGACAUUGUUUUGUAUUGGCCCUGAAUAUUUUUGUAUAGUGCCAUCAUAUCACCUCUGAGGCACAAUUAAUGAUGACAGAAUUGGACAGGUUUCUUAGUUUCAAAUAGAUUGCAGACUCUUUGAAGGUGGCACUAUAUGUUCAAAAGAGCCUAUCCAUAUUUUUGGACAGAUAAAUUCUAGCAUUAGGUCAUGUCCCACAAAAAAAAAGUAUUUUUGCAGCCGUAGCCAAAGAAAUUAGUUUUUAAUAUUUUGUGUUACUUAUAUUUGUUUAGCCCUAGUGAUGAAUGUAAAGGUAUUAUUCUGAAAAUUUGUCUAGGCGUUACAUCUUUGAGGAAUUGUCCACAAUGUAAAGAAUUUACAAUCUGUUAUGCGGAGAAGGGGUGAAACUUUAACAGUCUAUAUUAUAUAACAGUCUACAGUCUAUAUUAUAUUUAUUCACAUACUGGUUUUCCUGUCUGUUUCAGACUUACCUAUUGUAAUCACAUCCCUUGCAGUUAUUGGAAAAUUUGCAAUUGCGUCUUCAUUUUCCAUUUGCUACAUUUACGCAGCAGAACUGUUUCCUACAAUAGUCAGGUAAACAUGAAAAGAGGGACAGGGGAAACAUGAUCCUCAACAUGUGUGUCUAUCAAAGUUAUCUAAUCUUCGAGUAUUAACAUGUUAUAUAUAUCAACAUACAAAUCUACUUUUUGUAGCGUUUGUUUGGAUUUGAAUGAUGGGUCAUGGAGUUCAUUAUACGUUUGAAGAAUUGGUUGAAAAAGUGGUGCUAUGUAUGCAAUGUGGUGCAAGAAGCAUUCGCUAGAGGAAUAAUCACAUGUUAUGUAGGUGCCGUGAUGAAGGCAGGAGAACUAGCUGCAGAAGAGUCCUCAUGCUACGUCUUGUAGCUCAGCCUGUAGCGGAACGCUGGUCUCUCAUAGACUAUUUCCACUGGUAGUCCUGGUGUGGCUCAGGAACAUGUAGUAACCCCAGGAGAAACAUCCACAGUAAUAGAAUAAUCCAACAGCGUAGCAAGCACAAUCAGCAAUACAAUCCAAUAAUAUCCCAUCACCUUUCCCAAUAACUGGACGACACACAGUAUCAGGAGCAGAACUGAACUGACUUUUAAUCACACAAACCCUGCUUUUAUGCAAUGCUCCUGUGCAAGGGAGCCACCCACAAUAAUUAGUAUGUUAACCAAUAAAGUACAAGGUACAACCCACACAUCUCCUCCCAUCAGCUUAUCUGUUAACAGAAUUAAAAUGUACAUAUUUUUCCCCAAGUUCUAGAUGUACCCCAAAUACAUAGGGUACACCCCUAAAUCUGGUAGCCCUGAUCUGGGUAAAUAACAUAUUCAAAAAUCACCCAGAUCGUACCAGGGGUUCGGGAGUUAUGGGGGUUUAAAGUUUUGACUGACCGCACAGACAGUAGCCGAAAAUAGUUCCAUAAGUUUUGGCCUUGCGGUCAGUCUCCGUUUGCGGAAUAAAAGUCACAAAAUGUUUGUCUUCCAUGGCUAUAUUGGUGUUCGUGUGAAUCCCUAUAUUUGCAUUAGUUUUUCUACCAAGUGGCGGCUCGUUCGGUUGUUUCGGCACGAAUUUAUGGAAGUCUGGAGGUCUCAGCGGUGUUUGCCUAUUCGAGUGUCCGAUUUUAGCUCCAGACACUCGACGGCAAAACACAGCUGUUCGGGAGUUUAAGAAGGCCGCUGCCACGUGUUAAACUCCCGAAAUGGCGGCCACCCAGGGAGUUGAGCAAAGCGUUCGCGGGUUUCAAUAAGAAUGUAUUAGAUGAACAGGGAGGUAGAUUGAAGCAUCAGGGUUGUCCGGUGUUCGGUAGAUUUAGUUCGUAUACAAAAUGCAGAGAGUCAGUACAGUUUUAGGUGAACAAUCAAACGAAUGCUUUUUAAAUCCACACAAAAGCCUUAUGACAAAUCCAUACGGAAGUCUUAGUAGUUAAAUAGCAAUAAUGAAUCCUCUGUACAGUCCAAUGUCUCUGCUAUUCCAUAUGUCCUUGGCUGGCUCUCAAAAAGGGCCAGCAGUGCCAUGCCAACCACCAUUAUGCCCUGCCAUUGUGUUUAAAGGGUCCCAUCUUCCAGAGCAAGCAGGCCCCUCCAAGAAACCGGGGCAGACUCUUGUACAGGGGCUAGUCCGCUACACAGCCAGUCUAGCAAUCUGAUUGCACCACGCACGGGUAUUGAUAAUGGGGGGAUAGGGGAAAGUCAACCCCGAAUGUAAGGCCCUAUAGCCCCAGAUCUUUUUUUUUGCAGUAAGUGCUUUUAUUGACCAGUGGGGAGAUCAAAGAACUCCCUCACCGGCCUGUUGCACCCACUGUAGGGAGUAAGGGGAAGGUGAGAUAUCCUCUGGUCUCAGUUUUUGCGAGGCGCAGACCUGGUGAUGGCUCCUGUGAACGCUGGAACUGUGGGUUAUGCCAAUGCUCUGAUACCAUGAGAACUAUUAAAUGAUGUCUGUACCUGCCAAGUGGCAGAGAGGCCAGAGUCUGUGCACACUGGAACCCCUCCCUGCCCCAAGGAGGACUACAUUUUAUAUAUAUAAAGUAUAUUGCAUCCACAACAUGUACACAUUGCAUGUGGCAGGGUUGGUGUUUGGGGAGGGGCUCUAGGACAGGGUAACCAAAUUGUUUUUGUGCACAUAAUUAUUGUUUUCGUACUUGUUGCUCCUCACCUUCCUCGAAGUAAGUCGGGAAGGCCUUCGCCGUCUCGGGUGGGUGCUGUAGAGCUGUCUCGGAGGCAGUGUAGGAUCCCUGGGUGUUUAAGGGGGACUCUUGUCACACAGCUUCCUGCAGAAGGCCUCAAACAGUGUGUCCAACUGCAGUUUGGGUCUUUUUUGACCCUUGCAACACCCCUGGCACUACAUAUAGACUCAAUUUUAUUUUAUCUUUUCUCACAAUCUUUAUUUUUGCUAGGUCAGUACAGUGGUACAGAAUAAAACAGGUGUAGUGAUAAUAAACAAUCAGAUAAUAGUUAUAAAGCACAGACAUAGGUAACUAGUAUAGUACCGUGGCCCAUUAGUAGAGAACCUUGUGUUGAUCAUGAGAUCUCAGAGUUUGAUUUACAUUCGCCCUGGUUUCUCAUGCUUUAUUAAUGAUGUCUGUACCAUGACAGUUUUAUGGUUUCUAUCUUUUACUAAAGAGUUAAUUACUCAAAAAUGGAAUGCAGAAGACGAUUAUAAUAUCAUUGUCAUGGGUCCUGUCUCAAUACCCACGUCCCUCUUGUAGCAAUCCUGAAACAAUGACACUACACAUGUUCAUGGGAAAUCUGACUUCAUUCGGCUGCCAAAAAUUGUGUUAAUACCAGUGUAUUAAUUUUAAUUUGCUGUUAGCAAUGUAAAUACUUAUGGAAUAAAAUUAUGUUUUUUUUCUGAGCUCAAAGUAUGAUCUAUGCGUGACGAUAUAACAUCUGAGUGCUAACAGACCUGCUUAAUUUUUCCGAGAGAAGGCGAUCCUCACCUGCUUUUUAUGUAAAGCCUUGCAAUUUUUAUGUCAGCCACGCGCAAAUAAAUUGAGAAUCCAAGCAAAAUCAAAAUACAAAAUUUUAACAAAUGUACACUCCCGAUUCUCUACUUUAAAUACUGCUUUAGUAUUUAUUCAAAGACGUAUACUGAAGUCAGUAUUGAUGGAAUAGCGAUAUAAAUCAUCAUAUGCAAUGAGUGUGAUUUACAGACUGGACAGUAGGUGGAGCUGUCACAAAUGUAUGUGUUACAGACUGAAGUACACUUUUAUUUUGUUCCUUUAAUGACUGUAUUCUAAUGUCUGACACUCUAAUUCUAACUGAUUUUGUUGUUUCUGUGUUUCUCAUCUAAUCCCCACCGAUUCUUUUUGCCAAUCAAGUUUGUCUUUUUAUUCAUUUGAAUCCUAAAAAUGUCUUCCAUGUACAUACGGCAUCCCGUGUACAUUAUGCUCACAUGUGAUUUUCUUCCUCUGCAGACAAAGUGGAGUGGGGCUGUGCUCCAUGGCAGCUCGAGUAGCCGGCAUUACUUCCCCUCUUAUUAGUCUCUUGGACAAAUAUCACCCAGCUAUACCAAUGGCCAUUUUUGGUAGUGGUCCAGUUAUUGGGGGACUCCUUUGCUUUUUAUUACCAGAAACACGAAACAAGGAACUUGCAGACCACACAAUGCAAGGUGACGUUAUCCAGAGGUAAAUCUAACAAUAUUUAUGUUCCAUUCUCCAUACUACAAACACUCAAUAAAUGUAUGUUAUAUAUUCAAGGUACCAUUGAGAUGUUUUGAAAUUGUAAAAUAUGUUCUGAAUCUUUCAUAACGAGCUAAAGUGGGAGCCCUCCAAUGUUAGUGUGUUCAUCUGGGAAGCAAUAUAUAGUCAUCGUAGUCACCGUAUGAACAUUAAAGGGGCACUAUUGGCACCCUAUGGGGAUUUCACUGAUGCUGGUGUCCUCAUGCAGACCACGUAAGCUUGUUGAAGUGGUAUGGGUGCAGGGUCCCAGUCCACCUUAAUCAUACAAUGUAAAUCAUUGCAGUUUUAUUAUAUUGCAGGACUAAGAUGGCCUAUAGCGGUUGUCAACAAACAGCUAUUGGAGGCACUUCCUUGUCGCUAGGUAACUUUUGGUCGCCUAACUAACAACGGACAUCCUCACUGUCUACAUAACACCCAGCAUCAGUAAAAUCCCCAUAGGAAUUCAUUGGAGCAAUGCUUUCCCAUGGGGGGAGCCUAAUGUGCUUGCAGCGCUCGCCGCAUUAGCCCCCCUGCCCGUGGGAUGACGAUGGUGGAGGCAGCCAACUACAGCCAACGCUGACCCAACACAAAGGUAGAUCUGCGCUGGAAUUGGCUAAGUGUUACAAGGGAGGGGGAGAGGCCAGAGCACUCAAUAGUGUAAAGUAUGCAACUUUGUAUUCCUUACACUAUAGAAUACCUUUAAUGACUUACCACUAGGCUAAUCAGUAAAAAUAUGUAUGAAUUGUACCUAAAAAUCAAAUAAUCAGCCCUGUACAGAAACAAAACAAAAAUGGUGUCACUUAUAUCUGGUUAUUAUUCUGUGAAAUAUGCAAGGCUACUGGAACCACACCUUUGGAUAACUGACAGUUAUUGUAUUAGUCUGGUUUCCAAAAUAAAUGCAGAUACACAAACUGACACGCAUGCAGUCUCUUAAAACUUGUCAAACUCUUAAAACGUAUUUGUUGUUUUGUUUAGUAGAGCAAACGGCAUCCCUAGUGACUACCUUAUUAAUGGAAAGGAAUGUGUUGAAGAACUGGACAAAAAGUCCCAGAAAAGCACUCGCCUGUAAGACACACAACGUGGAGGUUACAGUGCAUGGAUGGGAAUCUUGGUCCUUUCAGAGCUGCAGACGUCAUGUUUUCAGGACCAUCUUUACCUGUAUGUUGGUAAAUCUGUAAUGUUUUUUUUUUCAUAGUAAAACUAUUUUUGAAAAAUCUGUCUAUAUUUUGCUUUUAUUUACUUUUGAUGUAUAUCCUCUUUUAAGGUUUCUAUGUAAAGGUACUGGUUAUAAACUUAUUAUAACACCAUGCUGUACCAACCCCCCAUACCAUGCUGUAUCAACCCCCCAUACCCUGCC